AGGGCCACGGAUUCCUGCACCGGGCAUGCGCGGAAGUAGGCGCGCCGUGGCCCGGCACGCGCAGGCGCACGGGGAUGCCCGGGGGUGCUAGUUCCUCUCCGACUCGCGGCUGCUGUCACCUUCCUCCCGGACCUUGGUCACGGCCGCAGGUGACCCCUUCCCCCAGCUCCAGUGGGCGGGUGGCAGGGUCAUGGAGGACGCUGGCGGCGGCGAGGAGACCCCGGCCCCGGAGGCCCCACACCCCCCUCAGCUCGCGCCUCCGGAGGAGCAGGGGUUGCUCUUCCACGAGGAAACCAUCGAUCUUGGCGGAGAUGAGUUUGGAUCCGAAGAGAACGAGACCGCAUCGGAAGGCUCGAGUCCUCUCGCGGACAAGCUGAACGAACACAUGAUGGAGAGCGUCCUCAUCUCCGACUCGCCCAACAACAGCGAGGGCGAGGCGGGCGACCUGGGCCGAGUGCGGCACGAAGCUGAGCCCGGAGGGGAAGGCGACCCAGGCCCGGAGCCCGCGGGCACUCCGAGUCCCACCGGCGAGGUCGACGGCGACUGUGCGCCCGAGGACGCGGCCCCCAGUAGCGGAGGGGCCCCGAGGCAGGACGCGGCCCGCGAGGUCCCAGGCAGCGAAGCCGCGCGCCCAGAGCAGGAGCCUCCCGUUGCGGAGCCGGUCCCGGUGUGCACUAUCUUCAGCCAGCGCACGCCCCCGGCCUCCGGGGACGGCUUCGAGCCGCAGAUGGUGAAGUCGCCCAGCUUCGGCGGCGCCAGCGAGGCCUCGGCCAGGACACCGCCCCAGGUCGUGCAGCCCAGCCCCAGCCUCAGCACGUUCUUCGGGGACACGGCCGCCAGCCACUCCUUGGCCUCGGACUUCUUCGACUCCUUCACUACCUCCGCCUUCAUUUCCAUCAGCAACCCUGGCGCGGGCUCCCCGGCCCCCGCCAGCCCGCCUCCCCUCGCUGUGCCCGGGACCGAGGGGCGCCCCGAACCCGUGGCCAUGCGAGGGCCCCAGGCAGCUGCGCCCCCCGCGUCGCCAGAGCCUUUCGCGCACAUCCAGGCAGUGUUUGCAGGGAGUGACGACCCCUUUGCCACCGCCCUGAGCAUGAGCGAGAUGGACCGGAGGAACGACGCCUGGCUCCCCGGCGAGGCUACGCGUGGAGUCCUGCGGGCCGUGGCCGCCCAGCAGCGCGGUGCCGUGUUCGUGGACAAGGAGAACCUCACCAUGCCGGGCCUCAGGUUCGACAACAUCCAGGGAGAUGCAGUUAAAGACUUGAUGCUUCGCUUUCUGGGUGAAAAAGCUGCAGCAAAGAGACAAGUCCUAAAUGCCGACUCAGUGGAACAAUCUUUUGUUGGAUUGAAACAGCUAAUUAGCUGCAGAAACUGGAGGGCAGCAGUGGACCUCUGCGGACGUCUCCUCACGGCCCAUGGCCAGGGCUAUGGCAAGAGCGGGCUGCCCACCAGCCACACGACAGAUUCACUGCAGCUCUGGUUUGUGAGGCUGGCACUACUAGUGAAGUUGGGCCUUUUCCAGAAUGCUGAGAUGGAAUUUGAACCCUUUGGAAAUCUCGAUCAGCCAGAUCUUUAUUACGAGUACUACCCACACGUGUACCCUGGGCGCAGGGGUUCCAUGGUCCCCUUCUCGAUGCGCAUCUUGCACGCGGAGCUUCAGCAGUACCUGGGGAACCCACAGGAGUCGCUGGAUAGACUGCACAGGGUGAAGACUGUCUGCAGCAAGAUCCUGGCCAAUUUGGAGCAAGGCUUAGCAGAAGACGGCGGCAUGAGCAGUGUGACUCAGGAGGGCAGACAAGCCUCUGUCCGGCUGUGGAGGUCACGUCUGGGCCGGGUGAUGUACUCCAUGGCAAACUGUCUGCUCCUGAUGAAGGAUUACGUGCUCGCCGUGGAGGCGUAUCAUUCGGUUAUCAAGUAUUACCCAGAGCAAGAGCCCCAGCUGCUCAGCGGCAUCGGCCGGAUUUCCCUGCAGAUUGGAGAUAUAAAAACAGCUGAAAAGUAUUUUCAAGACGUUGAGAAAGUAACACAGAAAUUAGAUGGACUACAGGGUAAAAUCAUGGUUUUAAUGAACAGAGCAUUCCUUCACCUCGGGCAGAACAACUUUGCAGAAGCCCACAGGUUCUUCACAGAGAUCCUAAGGAUGAACCCAGCAAACGCCGUGGCCAACAACAACGCUGCCGUGUGUCUGCUGUACCUGGGCAAGCUCAAGGACUCCCUGCGGCAGCUGGAGGCCAUGGUCCAGCAGGACCCCAGGCACUAUCUGCACGAGAGCGUGCUCUUCAACCUGACCACCAUGUACGAGCUGGAGUCCUCGCGGAGCACGCAGAAGAAACAGGCCCUGCUGGAGGCUGUCGCCAGCAAGGAAGGGGACAGCUUCAACACGCAGUGCCUCAAGCUGGCCUAGCUGCUGCCAACACACUACGUCAGAAGGACCCGGGCCUUUGGAACUGUGUCAUGAAGGUAUUAAUGUGACACGGAGGGACUCAAUAAAACUCCUGCUUCACUGGUGUCUGGCUGCGUGUCGUCUUGGUCCCAAGCCACGGCCCAGCCCAGGACUGCCCCGCAGUUGGUCGGCAUUCAGCCACACAGUCCCUGCAGCUGGGCCACUGCUCAUGAACGCAAGGGGCAGGCGUGCUAGGAGGACACAGCUCGUAGACACAGGAAAUCUGGAGUCAGACUCGGGGCCUCUGUUCUGGGGGCCAAUCCUGCUUUGCUCAUUCCUUCUGGACAUCCUCAGAGAAACGCUGGGAGGUGUGGAGACCCUCUCGCCAUGCACCUGCACGUACAGGGGGUUUACAACAGAGAAGACACCCCCCACAGACCGCCGCUCAUGCUCCUCUUGCCCUCCCCACACCCCCAAAACUAAGUGCGUUGGUCUUACCCAUCCGAGUCUCCUCCAGCCUGAUGCCGGCCAAACGACCCCUGCCAGCCUGGCGGUGGAGGAGAGGCCAUCACCGUUUCUCCCAUAGUUUAUGCGUCCAUGUGGAGAGUGAGCUGAGGAACAGGAACCACGACACAUAAUCCAGUAAAGGAAGAGCACGUAAAACACAGGCAGGCAGGGGCUGGGGGUGGUUUUGAAGCCAGACACAUGUUUUCAUGUGUUCUCUCAUGCCUGAAAGGCCUUUUGCCUUCACGUUUACACAGUUAUUCCUGCUUUUGAAGAACUUAAAGUACCUGAAAAUUUCUUCACUUUACGAAAGAACUCUGACAAGGGUUCUCUAAAUAUCUACCUUUGUGGAUAGUUUUAAAUAUAAUUCAUUUUACAGACUGUGAUAUAAACAUCUGCACAAAGCGAAGCCAUAUUUCUGUUAAUUUCUGUAAUGGAGUAGAAACAUACAAACACAGCAUCUACCAGACAGUCUCAGCCCAUUUGCUGCCAUCUAGAUUAAUUAUGCAUUAAAAUAAAAAGAGGUGAGACGGCCAAAAGGACUGUUGGACACCAAGGAGGUUUCAAAAUCUUUCUCUUCGAAAAGAAAAAUGAAACUAUUGUUAAGCCCAGAAAGCUGAAGAUGUAAUUAGAAGCCCUUUACCUUGAGGGUCUUCCUCCAAAUCUGACUUCAGGGAUGAGAUGCAAGGCUCUUCCUCUGCUCCCACCUGGCCCCUCACUGCAGGCAUCUUGCAGGCUUUGCCAGAGGUAUGGAGCCUGUCCUUUCCAGGCCCGGGGCUCAGCUGUCCCCGGCCAGUUGUGCAGGAAAGCAGACAGCGGUGCCCAGGCUCCAACUAGACGUGAGCCCAGCAAAUUAGAAACAGAGAUCAAGGUUCUCUAGUAAGCUGGUAAGCCUAAAUCCACCCUCCCGCCCAAGUCCCACCCCCAUGCUGCUGGCAUGAGGCCAGGCCAGGUGACAGUAUCAUUGCCUCAUGUCUUGCCUGGAUUAUUGCUUUUUCUUUUUUUUUUUUUUUUUUUUUUGAGACAGGAUUUUACUCUGUCAUCCAUCCAGGCUGAAGUGCAGUGGUGCAAACAUGGUUCACUCCAGCCUCAACCUCCUGGGAUCAAACGAUUCCCCCUCAGCCUCCUGAGUAGCUAGGACCACAAGUGUGCUCCACCACGCCCAGGAUUUUUUAUUUUUAUAGAGAUGGAAUCUCAUUAUGUUGCCCAGGCCAGUCUCUAACUCCUGGCCUCAAGUGAUCCUCCCACCUCGGCCUCCCAAAGUGCCGGGGUUACAGGUGUGAGCCAUGGUGUCCAGCUAAUUUUUUUUUCCUUACUGUCUGUAUGAUUGCAGAAUUUUUUUGUUUCAUUUUGCUAGAAGAGGCAAAUGGUGCUGUGAGUGUUUAUAAUGUCUGGGACAAUUGUAACUUAUCUAGUUUACACUUAGCUUCUCUUUAUGUUAAAAGUAAAUUAUACAUCCCUGAAAUCUUUUCUAGAGCCAAGUGAAGUGAAUGGCUAACCAUCAGAAGGCUAAUUUUCUAACUGGGAAAUGGGAACCUCGCUGAGUUGAUGAUGGGCUCACUACUGUGGAAAUGCCACCCUGGAAUGCACAGUGGAGAAUGAAAAAGCCAGUAACCCUGAUGGCCAUCGUUACCGGAUGGCCAGGGUGUGCCAGGCGGCAAAGGUGGAUUUGCUCCCUGAAUGAUCCAUCCAGCCGAAUCUUGGAGUCAUUCCACGUUUGCCACGAGGGGCAGUGUUAGAUCAGUGAUCCUCAAAGUGGGAUCCCUGAAGCAGCAGCGCCAGGAUCUCCUGGGAACUUGUCGGAAAUGCACGUCCUCAGCCCCACCCUCUGAUCACAGAGGAGUCAGAACUGCUGGGGCCUGGGCCGGGCCAACAGUGUCGUCUGCACGGCCCUCCAGGGGCUUCUGGUGUUCCUGCAGGUGUGAGAAUGAAUGUCAGACACUGGAGGCCACAGACAGAAUUCCAGUUAUGCGGCAGGCGUUGGAGCCCGUGGGCAUCGCCGUCCUGCCUUACACUGCCGGCCUCUUCUGCGCCCCCUCAAGGAUUGUGCACCCACCUGUUGUCUCUGCCUGGACCCCUCCUGGCAUGCACCUUCCUAGUCCCUAUUCAGUGUCACACCCUGAAGCCUGCCCUCAACCCCAGGACAGUGCAGCCCCAUCCACAUUCUCUUUACCUCUUGCCCUGGACCCACACAGGUUCCGUGACACCUGCUCCUGACACAGCCCCACAGUUGCAGUGCAUGGGCUGGAGCUGCCGCCAUGAGGUUCUCCUUCAAACAAACACCCAGUUCCAGCGUUCCUCGGGAAGCUUCCCAUGCCAUCCUGUCACGUCUUGCACCCAGCACCAAGGGCGAGGCCCGGCAGAGCAGAGCUGCAGGGGCUCAGCUGUGUGCACCACAGUUCUUGAGACUCCCGCCUGUGUGUCCUUCCCAGUCUGCUCCACAGGCCCAGGCCCAGAGGUCGUCCCUGCGUUCCCAUGGCUUCAGGCACAUAUGUGCAGACAUGACGCCAAGAACGCCGGCUUUGCCACCAAGGACAGAAGACAGUCUGCCCCACCCGGGGUCACCUGCAGGUCCUGCUCUGACCAGGGUCCAGGCCCUGAUUCCAGGGAUGUGACAGCACCCAGAAUGUCCUGCCUUGUGUGGCACGUGGGACCGGGGACUCGGGCCCCAGGGCUCCCAACCCUGGCUGUGGAGAGAGGGUAGCUCCGCUGCUGGUCGGGGGCACUGUGUGGGCAGACAGCGUGCCAGUGGCCACACGAUGUCCUGACAGCAGAGGCACUAAACACUCCAGGAGCGCCUGAGCCCCAAGCUCUGGUUCCAUCCCUUGCAAGUGAGGGAGGCCCAGUAACAGCCAGACUCCAUCAGUUCAGAGGCAGGGGCUAGAGACGGAUUUAAUUCAACCUAAAAAUACAAGAAUGGACCUUGUCUGCAGUCCUGAGGGAGUGGACAGGUGCGUGCAUGCUCCGAUGGUGGGAUCCAGACCCCCUCAUCUGCUUUGGAGGUGCCACCAGGCCUCAUCCUGGGCCUCAUCCCCAGCCACAUCCCAAGCCUCUUACAGGCAGGCCCCGAGGUCCUUUCACCUUUCUCUUCUCUCCAGUGCUUGGUGCAUUUUCAAAUUCAGUACCUUUCUUUUGAAUAAAUGAGCAAGAAUAAACUUGGUGCUGCUUGCCGAGCUCCUCUCCCUGGGUGGGGAACUAAAGCAAAACCAUGCUGGACGGGGUCCCAAACACCCUAAGAAGGCCGAGCUUCUGUCGCUCUCCAGCAGCGCACCGAGGACUGGAGGGAGGUCCCGUCGCUCUCCAGCAGGAGCACGAGGAGUGGAGGGAGGGCCCGUCGCUCUCCAGCAGGAGCACGAGGAGUAGAGGGAGGGCCCGUCACUCUCCAGCAGAAGCACCAAAGAUUGGAGGGAGGGCCCGUGGCUCUCCAGCAGGAGCAUGAGGAGUGGACUGCAGGCCCAUCACUCUCCAGCACGUGCACCAAGGAGUGGAAGGAGGGCCCCUUGCCCUCCAGCAGAAGCACCAAGGAUUGGAAGUAAGGCUUGUCGCUCUCCAGCACGUCCCCCUGACAGUGGAGGGAGGGCCCAUCACUCUCCAGCAUGAGCACCGAGAGAUGGAGGAAGGGUCAGCCAUUUGUCGAGCUCUGCGUGUGAAAAUCUGUGAUUUCAUUUCUUAUCAGUUAUUACUGUCACCAUCACUCAGGAUGAAAUUGGCCUCACCCGCUCAGGAGCAAUGCUGCCCUCUCCCUGUCCUCCUCCUGUGUUGAGGAAAAAGCCGGACUAACCCAUUCCACACCUUAGCAUCAGUUGCAUAAAUGCUAUCUCAGCAUGUUCUAGAACACAGUACUGUUUAAACAACGUUCUGGGGGUAACCAAGUUUAUGACUUGCAGACUUGAUGCCCGUUAAACAUGGGGGGCACCUGCCUGCGUUGGAGCAGCCGUCAGAGCCGCGCAGAGCCUGCAACACCCACACAUGACUUCCGCCCACCAGGCCAGGUCCCACCACUCCUCUAAAUCCUUCCAGUUCUUCUUGGGCCACUUAAACGCCACUGUCUCCACAAAGUCCUGUCGGAUGACCCUCAUAGGAAGUGACAAACCAUAUUCUGAACCCCUCUCCCCACCCAGCAAGGCCCUAGCCCGCGAGCAUAGGGUUUCCGUUCUAGAACAGUGUUCUGUGAAGGGCCAGAGGCAGUAUUUGAGGCCUCAUGGGCCACAUGCUGUCCCUGUUGCAUAUCCUUUUUUUUGUUUGGUUUGGUAAACUGCUUAAGCUGGCAGGACAACAGAACCCGCACAUUCUCCACGCAGCCCAGCGCCCUUGGCCAUGCAGGGCUGUGCCUUCUGCCAGCUCUGGAGGCCCAGGGGCUGGCAUGGGCCUCCCGUCCUGAGCCCCCCCAUGUACAUUGCACCCAUACUGGGAAUGCCCCCGGGAUCUGCUGCGAGACCCCCAAGGACCAGCUUCUGCAGUCCUGGAAGGGCUCUCCUGACCCCCCAAGUCCGCCAUCUUCUGACGGUGGCAGGUGGGCACAAUCACUGGCUGAGCGACUGAGGGUCACUGAGAUUACUAGGCCGGCGCUGCACCCAACUGAAAUGAAUUCACAUGGUCCUCACAACUCCUAGCAGCCGAUGCUGUCGGCCUCGCAUCUUACAAGAAAGGAACCAUCGCCAGAAGACACUGAGCAACAUCCUGAGGGUCACAGGGACAGUGCAGAGCCAGGACCAGCCCGGCCCAUGGUCCCCCAGCGUGCACCGCCUGGCCCGGCACUGUGUGCUCAGCCACAAGGACCAGGAAGAGUCCUGCCCGCAGCUCAAGUGUCUACACUGCACUGCCAUCCAGGCUGUGAGCUGCCGCUGAGCAUGGGGAAUGUGGCUGCUGCAGAGACGUUAUGAAACACUUCUAAAAGAAUGUAAAAGAUCUCAUUAAUAAUUUUGAGUACCUGUUAAAAUGAUAGUAAUUUUGGAUAUAGUAGAUUAAAUAAAACAUUAUUAAAAUUAA